CGCAAGGAGGUCUGGGAUUUGGACUAUUUUGUGAGGCUCUGAAUCGCAUACGGGCGGCCUAGAAACGAAUAAUUUUCUGUAUUGUAGCUACGACUUUGAUUAUUAAUUAUCCCAGGUUUUUGGAAUGACUAUUUAUCAUUUUAGGCAUUCUCAAAAACGGAGAACUAGUCCGUUCCGUCAUUCGUCACUGCGUACAGGACGCUCGGAGGUUUUGUUUCACAAUCGGGAAGCUAAUUUAGUUAGCCAGCCUUGGCUACAUCUAAUUCCUAAAGGCAUUAUUGUGGGCGGCUUGCGAAGCUAGCUAUGUGGCUAGCCUACGUGGGGACUCCAAGAACAUCUGCCAUCCUCUGAGUACCCCAACCGGAAAACGUCCCAGAGGGAAACCAAAUUGGGGCCAUCUUAACAUUAUCUACAAGGCCAUCGGAAAUCGCCAGUGCGGUUGUAUUUUCUUGUUCCUUUUUUAUGUGCUCGCUAGCUAGCUGACCUAGCUACCCGCUAAUGCACAAACAUGGACGAUAGUACGGAGCAAGUAGAAUUGGACGAUGCCGUUAUCAUCGUGGAAAACGAGGCAGAGAGCAUGCCAGUUCAAGAGAAGACCACAAAACAGCAAAAUACGCCCAAUUUGCUGGACACUUGCGCCGUGUGUAGUUUGAAUUUUAACAGCCGUGAGCCCAAACUGCUGCCCUGUCUGCACUCUUUCUGUAAGAAGUGUCUGCCGUCGCCGUCCAGGAGUUUGGUCCUGCACGACCAAGCCCCGCAACUUCAGGGUGACAAUGCCAGUAAACCACUGAACGUGAUUCGCUGCCCAGUGUGCCGGCAGGAGUGUAUGGAGGUGGAUGUGAUGGACAACUUCUUUGUGAAGGAUGCCAUGGAGGUCCCCAGCAGCACCGUGGAGAAGACCAGCCAGCAGCUGUGCACCAGCUGUGAGGACAACACAGAGGCGUCGGGGUUCUGCGUGGAGUGUGUGGAGUUCCUGUGCAGCACCUGCAUCGAAGCACACCAGCGUGUCAAGUUCACCAAGGACCACGCCAUCCGCCAGAAAGAGGAGGUGUCCCCCGAUGCGAUGAGCGUUUCCACCCAGAAGCCCGUGUUCUGCGACGUGCACAAGCAGGAGCCGCUGAAGCUGUUCUGUGAAACCUGCGACCGCCUGACCUGCCGCGACUGCCAGCUACUGAAGCACAAAGACCACAAUUACCAGUUCCUGGAGGACGCGUAUAAGAACCAUCGGGAGCACAUGGUGAGCAUGACUCUGCAGCUGCAGGAGAAGAGGAAGGCCAUUGAGGAAGUGUCCAACUCCAUCAACACCGGACUCCUGCAGGUGGAUGAGAACCGCAAGUCUGUGCAUAAUGAGAUAAAGAAGUCCAUCUGCGCUCUAAUUUUGGAGAUUAACAGGAAGGGGAAGAUCCUGGUGAAUCAGCUGGAGGGCCUGAUGAAGGACCAUGAGAGUGGCCUGCGGAAGCAGCAGGAGGAUGUGAGCUCUCUCUCCCGCCAUCUCAACCACGUCAUCAACUUCACCAAGUGGGCCACCGCCAGCAGCAGCGGCACCGCCCUGCUGUACUCCAAACGCCUGAUCCUGUUCCAGAUCCAGAACCUGCUGCGGGCGCGCUGCAACCCCUCGUUUGUCCCGCAGAGCCUGGUCCGCUUCCAGUGCCGCUCGGGAUUCUGGGCCUCCAACGUGGACCUGGGUUCCCUGGUUGUGGAGAAUGUUCCCACUCGCCAGCAGGUGGGCAUCCAGAACUUUCCGUACCAGCUGACCCCGAGGCCAGGGGACCCCAGCAUCGGAGGUGGAGGUGGAGGGGGCGGGGGUGGGGGCGGGGGGGGCCCCGGGCCCGGGGGCGGGGGGGGCUUUCCUCCCGGCCCCCCGCAGCAGCGCAUGGGGACCCACAGCACGCUGGCCCAGCUGCAGAUGCAGGUGGAGAAACUGGCCCACCAACCAAACCGCCAGCCCCCUCCCCCCUCCUCCCACUGGGCCUGGUACCAGAGCGUGCGUCUGCAGAGACCCCCCCCCACCCGGCCCAGCCAGGGGGGGUCGCCCUCCCAGAGCCUGUCCGGCCCCUCCCAGCAAGCCCGCCGCUUUAUGCCCCCCCACCCCAACCCCCACAGCCCCAACGGAACCCUGCAGAACCCCAACGGAACCCUACAGAACCCCAACGGAAACCUGCAGAACCUCGGAUUUCCUGCUCAGACGCUGCGAGGCCUUGUUAGCAGCUCGAGUAUUCCGCCCAAACCUCUGGACACCUUCCAGAAUGCUUCCCGCUACUCCCACAAUGCAUCUCUCUCCAGCGCAGCUGGGCACAACCCCCAGCAUUCCCUGCAGCAGCUGAACCUGAUGGAGUCUGCGUACCUGCAGAAGCGUGCUGAGGCCGGGGGCUCCCUCUCCAUGCUGAGGCCCAACCUGCCCCCCAGUCUGGCCCCAAGUGCCACGGAGCGGAGUGCUUUUGGCAGGCAGAACUCUCCCAUGUCCAUGGCUGCUGCUUCAGAGGGAAGAGCUGGCGCUGCUUCCUGGAAGGCCCCGGAGACGCAGGGCAGUGCCCCCCCCCCCUCGGGGCCCCCCAAACGCAGGCGCAGGUCCUCCCCGGGGCCCAUCAUCGUCAUCAAAGACGAACCUGAGGACGAUGACGACGUUCGCUUUGUGCAGUCGAGUGUGCGGGCCAGCCUGCCGGACAGCACGGGGGACCGUGCGCAGACGCAGACGCAGACGCAGACGCAGACGCAGACACAGACGCUGGCUCGAGGCCCCUCCCCCAGGGUGGAGCCCACCCCGGAGACCGAGCCCAUCCAGGAGGACGACCCCAACGAGGACUGGUGUGCGGUCUGCCAGAACGGGGGCGAGCUCCUCUGCUGUGACAAGUGUCCCAAAGUCUUCCACCUGCCCUGUCACAUCCCCACGCUGCUGGGGUCCCCCAGCGGGGAGUGGUUUUGCUCGUUCUGCCGGGAUGUGUCGAGCCCUGAGAUGGAGUACGACUGUGACCGCGGCCCAGGAAGCAAAGCGGUGAAGGAGGAGCCGAACUCAGAGGGUUUCCCCCCCAUGGAUAAGAGGAAGUGUGAGAGGCUUCUCCUGCGGAUUUACUGUAACGAGCUGAGCACUGACUUCCAGGAGCCGAUAUCCUCUUCUGUGAUGCCGGAGUAUUACGAGGUGAUUGGGACGCCGAUGGACCUGUCCAUGGUGAAGGGGAAGCUGGAGUCCCAGCAGAAUGCGGGCUACGCCAGUGUGGAGGAGUUUGUGGACGACGUGCGGCUGAUCUUCAGUAACUGCGCCCAGUUUAACGAGGCGGAGACCGAGGUGGCGGCUGCUGGGAAGAACCUGGAGCGGUAUUUUGAGGAGCAGCUGAAGGUGGCCUUCCCUGAUCACACCUUCCCACAGGUGAAGGCUGAGAGGGUGGGGCCUGCCUCUCCCCCAGCCCCGCCCCCCGAGAAGGAUACCCCGCCCACCAAGGAGGAUGCCCCGCCCACCAAGAGGCCCCGAAUGUCCUCCAAGCCCCUGGAUACGCCUACUCCAGCCGACACGCCCAUGCAAGACACGCCCAUGGAUGAGACACCUGAUGAAGACACACCCACUGAAGACCCGCCCUCUAAAGACACGCCUACUGAAGACACGCCCCCUCAAGACACACCCGCUGAAGACACACCCCCUAAAGACACGCCCGCUAAAGACACACCCCCUAAAGACACGCCCGCUAAAGACUCACCCCCUAAAGACACACCCCCUAAAGACACACCCCCUAAAGACACACCCCCUAAAGACACACCCGCUGAAGACACACCCCCUAAAGACACGCCCGCUCAAGACUCACCCCCUAAAGACACACCUGCUGAAGACACACCCCCUAAAGACACGCCCGCUAAAGACUCACCCCCUAAAGACACACCCCCUAAAGACACACCCGCUGAAGACACGCCCGCUAAAGACUCACCCCCUAAAGACACGCCCGCUGAAGACACACCCGCUGAAGACACGCCCCCUAAAGACACACCCCCUAAAGACACACCCCCUAAAGACACACCCCCAGGAGAGGACACGCCCCCAGGAGAGUAAAUUAAAGCUAUGAUGCUUUUUCCGCUCGUUGUGCUCGGAGAUCUUUCUUUUAAAAUAAAUAAAUAAAUAAAUGGGCCGUUUGCCGUUUCACUGUUCCUCGUGCAGUGGCACACAGCUCUUCUCCUGGACAAACCAGAACAGAACCACAAACUCAGACCAGCAAAACCCAGACCAGGUUUAUCUGCCGCACAGCCAUUUUGCACAGGGUAAACAGGUGCAUUCUGGGGGAUUCUCCUGGGUCACCGCCUCCGAAACCCAGGACCACCAAUCAGCCGCCCGUGGGCUUUGGUUGCCGUGGCGACUGCAGCAGUUUUGGCCAAUCCCUUGGCGGAUCACAGAUGCACAUAUGCGUGAGCCAGGAGGUGGCUGUGACAGAGUGAGCCACACUGUGCUGUAUGUCUGUAUAUGUAUGAAUAAUUAGCCUAAUAUGCAUUUGGCUGCAAAAGCAGCUAACAAAACCUGAUCUGUGUGAGUUCAGUAGAUGGUAUGAGAUUAUCUUCAUCUUUUUCAAAACCUGCAUGAAGCCCUUCACCGACUUCCUGUUUCUUUAAUCACAUGGAAGAGCUGGAAUGUCUUCCUUUCCUUUGAGUCAGUGGACCUUUGUGCUCUGUGGACUCUGUACAGUGUGUUAACGUGUGUGUUAGUGCGUGCGUGCGUGCGUGCGUGCGUGUCUAUGCAUGUGCGUGUGUGUAUGUGUGGACAUGUUGGUGUCUGCAGAGUGUCUGUGAACACCAGUGUACACCUCACACACGUGUAGCGCUCACUCUCACAUGCGUGUCCGUCACACCCCCACAGGAGCGUAGAGUAGAGCUGUUAGACUCCAUUUUUACUGGCCCGUCUGGAUUGUACAGUAAUUUUUACCGUAGUGAUUCUGAGAUAUGAAACCUUGUGUGUUUAAAAAUGUUCUGCAUGCAAGUCUUCUUGCAGCUGUCUACAGGGUAAAAUAAACUCAUUCUGAGAUCCAGAAUUGAAGUGAUAA